UUUUUUUCUUAUAUAAAUAAUACGAAGUAUAGAUAACUCAGAGAUCUUCGAUCGAAUCAGCUCAGCAGCUCCUCCAACCAAAAAAACCCUAGCUCUUUCGUUUUCUCUCUCUCUCUCUCUCUCGAUCUCUCUCUCGAUCUUAAUCUCGGGAGCUUCUCGAUCGAAUCGUAAACACGAUGGGGUCCAGAUCUCGCAACGAAAACUUUCAAUCCGGCGAUGGCGCAAGCCCAGGGAAGAUAUUCAUCGGAGGAUUGCACAAGGACACCACUAACACUGAGUUCAAUAAGCACUUUGGCAAGUACGGAGAGAUUACAGACUCGGUGAUAAUGAGAGAUCGACACACGGGCCUACCUAGAGGUUUCGGUUUCAUCACCUUUGCUGAUCCUUCUGUUGUUGAUCAAGUCAUCGAAGACACUCAUACCUUCAAUGGCAAACAGGUUGAGAUCAAGAGGACGAUUCCUAAAGGUGCUGGUGCUGGUGGGAACCAGUCUAAGGAUUUCAAGACUAAGAAGAUUUUUGUCGGUGGUAUACCCUCUUCUGUUACGGAAGAUGAGCUUAAGGACUUUUUUGCAAAGUACGGGACCAUAGUGGAGCACCAGAUUAUCCGAGACCAUGAAACGAACAGGUCUCGAGGUUUCGGUUUUGUGAUUUUCGACAGCGAGGAGGUUGUCGAUGAGUUGUUGUCUAAAGGAAACAUGGUCGACAUGGCUGACACUCAGGUGGAGAUCAAGAAAGCCGAACCAAAGAAAUCUUCGAACCGUUCACCUCCUUCUUAUGGUAGUCACCCUAGAGGCCGUUCUUCCUUUAACGAUAGUUAUGGCGGACCUUACGGUGGACCUUACGGAGGUUUUGAUGGAGGGUAUGGUCCUCCUCCAGGUCCCAUUAGGUCACAUGGAGGUCCUCCUAGUAGGUUUGCUGCGGGGUAUGGGUAUGGUCGUGGAGGUGUAGGCCCUGAGUUUGGAGGAGGGUAUGGUGGCUAUGGGGGUGGUAGUUUAGGUUACAGGAGUGAACCACCCCUUGGCUAUUCUAGUCGUUUUGGACCCUAUGGAAGCGGGUUUGGUGGUGAGGGAUAUGGAGGCGGAGGCGGAGGUGGUGGAGGAUAUGGUCGUGGAGGAGGGGAAGGCUACGGGGGAUAUGGUGGAGGCCCAGGUUAUGGUGGGGGGUUUGAAUCAGGUGGCCCAGGUGGAAGUUAUGAAGGAGCAGGUGGUCCUGGUCCAUAUGGCAGAGGUUAUAGUAGCAGUAGUCGAUACCAUCCAUAUGCAAGAUAGGCUCGAACCGUUCAGAUCCUUUUUGGUAGACGCUAUUUCUCUAGAUUCUCGCGUAGGUGCUAUUCUAGAGGAAAGUAGAGUUAUCUCAUGUAGCGGCAACAUCAGGAAGGAUUUGCUAAGGACAGGAAGAGCAUCUAAAAAGUUCUUAUUACCAUAUUAGAGACAUCUUCUAGUUUGUGUGUGUUUGUUUGACUUAAGUUUUGCUUUUUAAUCUCUCGACUUAGAUUGUGUUAUCUAGACUUUAGCAUAUUUGGGAUUUGGAGUUUGGUUUA